AUGGCUGGCUACUCUGGAUGCCUUUGGUACGAGCCUGGUAACUGGCAACCUCAGUAUCUCCCGCAGGUCUCACUCAAGGCCCAUGCAACUAUCCUCUCCUCUGCAGCCCGUACAACCUUGACACAGGCCUUUAUCAACCCAUCUGACAGGGUCAUCGAAGAGAUAUCCUACCACUUCCCUCUUUACGAUGGGGUCAGUGUUGUCGGUUUCGACUGCAAGGUUGGAUCUCGUCUGCUGCACAGCAAAGUGAAAACCAAGUCCCAAGCCAAUGCAGACUACCAAAAUGCGGUGGCUCAAGAUCAGACUGCUGCUGUUAUGGACCACACCUCCAUGAAUGAUGUUUUCGUUAUUCGACUCGGCAAGGCCCCCCCUCGUGGAAAGAUCAACGUCGAUAUUACUUUCGUGGGAGAGUUGAAACAAGACUCUCAGACUGAUGGCAUUCGCUACACACUGCCAAGCACCAUCGCUCCUCGCUAUGGAACUGGACAGUCUUACGAUUCAACUCAAUUAUCUUCAUUUGGUCUGUCAACCAACCUUCAGGGGAUGUCUAUCACCGUCGAUGUUCAGAUGGAGAAGAGCUUGGUGAUCCGGGAACUGGUAUCCCCAAGCCACCGGGUCGAGGUCUCUCUCGGCCGUGUUUCUUCUACGCCAGCAACGUCCACUACCUUUGAACCAUCGCAAGCAUCUGCGUCUGUGAUUCAUCAGCAGAGAAAUACAUCCGUGGUGCUGGAACAAGACUUUGUCGUUCUCAUCAAAGCAGAUGGGCUUGAUACACCGUGCGCAUUGCUUGAAAGACAUCCAGCCAUCCCUAACCAACGAGCCCUGAUGGCAACCCUUGUGCCAAAGUUCAGCCUCCGACCGGCUAAUCCCGAGGUGGUCUUUGUCAUUGACAGAAGUGGGAGCAUGGGACACAAAAUCCCAACCUUGAGAUCUGCACUCCAGGUUUUUCUGAAGUCUUUGCCUGUCGGUAUCUGCUUCAAUAUCUGCUCUUUCGGAAAUUCCUACUCGUUCAUGUGGCCAACGAGCAAGGUGUACGAUGCAUCCAGCUUGCAGCAAGCUUUGGCUUUUGCUGACAAUGUCGAAGCGAAUAUGGGUGGCACGGAGAUGCAAGGAGCGGUCAUGGCAACUGUUCAAAAUCGACUCAAUUUCAAAGAUUUGGAUGUAUUGAUCCUCACUGAUGGACAGAUCUACCAGCAGGACCGUUUGUUCGACUUCGUCCGCGAAAAAGCUGCCGACAAUUCUGCUCGGUUCUUCUCCCUUGGUAUUGGGGAAGCAGCAUCUCACUCUUUGAUUGAGGGGAUUGCAAGAGUCGGAAAUGGAUUCUGCCAGUCGGUUACGGAGUACGAAGAACUCGAUCGCAAGGUCGUCCGCAUGCUCAAGGGUGCCCUGACCCCUCAUAUCCACGACUUCGAACUCGAAAUUGAAUAUGAAACCGAAACAGAGCUUGAUUUCGACUUUGUGAGUGAUACUGAGAACUUUACCGAUAUUGAGGCGGAGGGCAAAGAGAAGGAGGGAGGUGGAGACAUUUCCAUUGAAGGAACAACACGUAGCUCAUCGCAGCCAAUUCUGUUGUACGAUGGGAACUUCCAGGAAUCCGACAUGAAUGCUGAUGCCGAAAAGAGAGCAACUGGAACCCUUCCCACUCUCACCCCUCCAAGAGCAAUCCAAGCUCCCUACAACAUCCCACCUCUGUACCCAUUCAUCAGGACAAAUGUCUUCCUCCUUAUGGACCCGCAUUCGCCAGAGAAGAUCCCCAAGUCGCUGAAGUUCACUGCUACUUCCAACGAUGGUCUACUGGAGCUGCGAAUCCCGAUCUAUGACAUCGGAAUCGGCGAAACAAUUCAUCACCUGGCUUCGCGAAAGGCCGUGAUCGAGCUGGAAGAGGGACACGGCUGGCUCUCUCAUGCCGAAGACGAGAAAGGAAACAAACUCAAACAGUUCCACGCCGACACAAAGCAGAGACUUGCAGAGCUUGAAUGCCAGAACCUGGGAAUCAAGUUCCAGGUCACUGGGAAAUACUGCUCGUUCGUGGCCUUGGAAGAGCGCAGCUCUUCUUCUUCAGAACAACAAGGCGAACAGCAUACGCUGAAGGAACAUGCCGUAGAGCGUGUUUCUCCCAUGUCACGGUCUGUUAGGUUCUUGGGUCCUGGACCUACACACACUGGCGGUGUACAUGGUUGGGGUGUCCCCCAGAUGCAGGCAUUUUCUGAGUAUGUUGGAACCCACCACACUUCCAACUCCCAAGUAGCACCUUCUACACCCAUAGGACCUGGAGAUUCAAGUCGUCUGUGUCGCACAACCGCAUUACCUGCAGCUCCAAUGCGUAUGGUGCAAGCCAAAGUUCCAGCACCUGCACCCAUGGAACCUGGAUUCCCGAUGCCUCUCUAUGGAUCAACUGCAUCACCUGCAGCUCCAAGGCUUGGUGGCAUGCUGCACCAAAUGAGAUCAGUUGCAACACCCCCGACUCCUAGUUUGACCAAAACUUCGCAGAUGAGAAUGCACGAGCUUAUUCAGCUGCAAACCUUUGAAGGCAGCUGGAUGUGGUCGGACGAGCUCUUCGAGCUUUUGGAGUGUAACAUGAACUCAACAACCAAAAAGUUGGUCACAAUGUACCACAGUGUCAAUCGACGGAUUGAACAAGGGUUCCCGCAUGGCGAUGAGGCGACUGUUCUCGCUACGCUGCUCGCGAUGGGAUGGCUGCAGAAGAAACAUCCGGGUUUGAGGGCUGUUUGGGAACUUGUGCAUGCCAAGGCUUCCGAGUGGGUUCCACUCCAGUUGAAGAAGAUGCGGGAUCGAGGUUCACCUGCGGCUAUUAUUGAAUCACUCCGUGAUGAGAUUGUUGAUAUGAUCUAA